AUGGCGGGACGCGUGCGGCACCCAAUCGACCAGAAGGCGCUGGAGCGGUACAUCAAUGAGCAUGUGCCGCAGAUCAAGACCCCGUUGGACAUAAAACAGUUCGGCUUCGGCCAGUCGAACCCGACGUACCAGCUCACCGAUGCGACGAAAGCCCGCUUCGUGCUGCGCAAGAAGCCCCCCGGAAAGCUCCUCUCCAAGGCCGCGCACAAGGUCGAGCGUGAGCACCGCAUCAUCGACGCCCUGGGCCCCACCGACGUGCCCGUCCCCCGGGCCUACUGCCUCUGUGAGGACGACUCGGUCGUCGGCACGCCCUUCUACAUCAUGGAGUUCCUGGACGGGCGCAUCUUUGAGGACGCGGCCAUGCCCGAGGUGUCGUCGCCCGACGAGCGCAAGGCGCUGUGGAAGGCCGCGACGCUGACGUUGGCGAAGCUGCACCGCGUCGACCCCCGGGACGUCGGGCUCGAGACGUUCGGCAAGAAGAGCGGGUUCUACGACCGGCAGAUCCAGACGUGGACGACCAUCUGCGAGAGCCAGGCCGCGGCCGUAGACCGCGAGACGGGGGAGAAGGUCGGCGACCUGCCGCACUUUGGGGAGAUGGUGCGGUUCUUUGCGGACAAGGGGCGGCAGCCGAGGGAUCGGGGCACGUUGAUCCACGGGGAUUACAAGAUUGACAACAUUGUCUUCCACAAGACGGAGCCGAGGGUUAUUGGCAUAUUGGACUGGGAAAUGUCCACCGUAGGACACCCCCUCUCGGACCUGUGCAACUUCCUGCACCCGUACUUCACCGCCUCGCGCGCCGGCAACGGCAUCUACGCGCACGAGGGGUUCCUCCCCGGCUCAACUCCCGGCCUUCCGACGACGGAGGAGAUUGUCGGGUGGUACGCGGCCGAGGCCGGGUGGCAGCCGGCGGCCGAGCUCGACUGGGGCAUGGCGUUCAGCCUGUUCCGGCUGGCGGGCGUGUGCCAGGGAAUCGCGGCGCGGGCGGCGCAGGGCCAGGCGAGCAGCGAGCAGGCCAAGAGAUUCGCGGUGACGCGGGGCCCGUUGGCCGAGUUUGCGUGGGAGCUCGUGGGGAGGAGUCGGGCGCAGGAUGGGGGGAAGGCGAAGCUUUGA